GUUAUUAUAUAGCGAAGUUGGUGAAAAUAUGAAUUUGAAUAAUUUAUCGAAUCAAUCCGGAUGGCGUGGAAGAGCUGAACAGAUUCAUCUGUUACAUCAAAAAAUAACUGAACUGCAAUCAAAAUUAUCGGAAUAUGAAGGAACGCAAAAAAUGUCUAUUGUAUCCGUAGAACGAAAAAAUUUUGAGAAUCUUCGAAAUGUUGAAAAAGAAAGACGGCGUCAAAUUGAAGAUUCAGUAAAGCAACUUCGACAAACGGAAGUCAUUGUUGAAGAAUAUAGAAGAAAAUUAGAAGCUUCAAAAGCAAGAAUAAAAGUAUUAGAACAUGAAUUGAAUAUUACAAAAGGAAACAUUGCUAUAUUAAAUGAAAAAAGAUCUCACGAUAUUCAUUUAAUCGAGACACUCAACAAUCGACUUAAAACUACCGAAAUAAAACAUGAAGAACGCGAGACAGAUACAAGAAACAAAUCAGAGAAGAUUGAACGUGAGUACACGAACUUAAAAAAUGAUUUACAGUCAGCACAACUUCAAAUUGAUCGGUUGCGUAAAAAAUUAGAAGAACGAGAAAUCGAAAUAGAUAAAUUGAGGAAUGGAACAGUCCCCAAUAUAUGGGAGAUUAAAUCUCGAAAAAUUACGCAACCUGAAAUAUUUUUAAAUAAUUUUAACAAUAAUACUUCUCCUCAUACCGUUCGAAGUACAUGCGAACCUAACGAGUAUGUAACUUUAGCUCUUGCCGCUGAGGCUGAAAGAGAGAGAUUGUUGGAAUUAAUAACAAUACUUAAUAGACGACUAGAUAAAGAAAGAAAUGACGCUGAUAUUCUUUCUAAUAUCUUACGUAAUGAAAAACACAAAUCGGCAAAAUUAGAGUUAAAAAUUCGAAAAUUGGAGACAGAGAAAAUAGGAAUUGUUAAGAUCGAUACUGGAUAUAGAACAAAAUUACCAAAAUUAUCAAAAACUAGUGAUAAAUUAAUGGAUACAGAACAAAUGCGGCUUAAAAUGGAAUUAUUGCAAGAAGAAUGUCUCGCAUUGAAAGCUAGAUUAGAUGCUGUGCAAAAAGACAAAGUUGCCGAUCUUGCGACUUAUAAACAAAUGUUUGAGGAAGUCAGAAAAAUUUUUUAUGAAGCCUACAGGAGCAAAUCAUCGGUUCCCAUUGGCAGUCGUUCAACCAUUACAGUUUAAUUAAAAUCAAAAACUUUUUUGAAUGAUGUGUUUAUUCUAAAAUAAAAUACAUUCUAUACUUUAA